AUGUGCGUGUGUUUACAUUGACGCUGCAAAUCAAUGCACAGAGGCGUCCAGUUGAGAAAUACAGCAUAUACACUAAACCAGGAAAAACACAAAACUCAUACAGUACUGUACAUGUGCGUGUGUUUACAUGGACGCUGCAAAUCAAUGCACAAUGAUGUCCAGUUGAGAAAUACAGUAUAAACACUAAACCAGGAAAGUCUUCUGAGACGUUAUUGUGUGUGAUUACCGUAAAACCUGUUGGUACGACAAACUCGAGGUUGCCAAGCAACCGGACUUUCCCUGAAACUAAACAGCUAGUUAUCUAAAUGUGUGUGAACGACUUAUCUUUAAGUUUGUGCUGUGUAAAUCCAGUAUGUCAUGUGUUAAGUGAAGGUCAUGUCCAAGUCUGAGGUUGUGCUGAAGUUUGGUCUGCAUGGGGAGUCUAGGUGAUGACGAGCAGCUGGAUGAGGUUCACUGUUUAUGGGCUCUAUGUCCGCAUCCGUGCUGCUGGGAGGCUGAGCGGCGCAUCGCUGGAGGCGUUUACCGCCGCUCCGUCAGAUUGCCAACUAAACACCGCGCUAACGUCGAAGAAAGUUUUCCGUCCCUGGCGGUGGUGGAUGUUUCCGAGUGGGCAGAAACGAGGACUGUGAGUUCUGGGAGAAGAAUUCCCUCGCAGGCUGUACCUCCACGGAAAGACGCCACGCCAAGGGUUAAAACUACAGAUCCAGCCUUCCCAGCGAUCACCUCAGCUGCAGCUAAAUCCCACACCAGAGGAAGCGGCACCGUAGACAAAGGUGAUAACACAGCUCACAUCAGCCCUCUGAUUGGCUCGCCGUGGGGAUCAGGAUCUUCGGUGUUGUGGGUCCCGAAUCCUCACUACAUCCCUCAGUGUCUUGAGAGCUCCAAACCUCUACACUGCGCUGUGAAGGAGUUCGUCUGCCUCCCAGACACAGCUCAGACACAGAACGCACCUAAAGCGAACCGUAAAGGAGCGACGAAGAACUGGCGCUUCCAGCUCACCCGUUCACCCUUGACCUUUCAACCCAGCCAGCGGGCGGAGUCAGGUCAGCUCGAGGCGGGUACAGGAGACGCAUCGGCGGCAGCCGUGAAUGAACCUGAAGUCCGGAGAGACCCGAGUGCGUUCCUGGUGACGAACAAGCCCGUUGUUUUUCACAGCGCCCGUGAGAGGACGGACAGGACGGCGAGCCGGGACGCACCAGCUUCACGUUACAAACUGGACAGCAAGACAGGUCGGGAGGACGUGGACUGGGACAGUCUGAGGGAACAGUCGUACCUCUGGAAGAGACAUCACGUCCCUCCUGAGCUCCUCAGUCCACCAGGGGGCGCCAGAGGCGCUCAGGAGACUGCCAGCUCGUCUCCUGUUUCCAGAGUGAGCUCAGAUCGGCCGCUUCACAGCCCACAGUGUGCAGCAUGGCCGUGUGUGAAGAGGACAUUGCGUUACGGCCAGUACACUCAUCCACUGCUCUUUCACAAGAAGCACCACCGAGGAACCGGGUCAGAACUGGACAUGACCAUCCGUAGCACUUCUGCUCUAACUGAACACAAUCAGCUACAUCGAGUAAGAACAGACACACACAGAGAGAGACAGAGAGAGAGAGAGAGAGAGAGAGAGAGAGAGAGAACUCUAAUCCCAGUCCUGACACCAGUCCAGAUCUGAGGAUCAUCACUGGAGCGAUGAAACUCUGGGGAUUGAGAAGCUCUACAGAACAUCUCUGCACUCCCAUACCAAGCCUCAGCCAUCUGUAACACACACACACACACACACACACACACACACACUCAGACAGUAUAUACUGUAUACUGUUUUUUUUUUUCUCUUUGAAACACAUUCACAUCUGCAUCAUUUACCGGGUCAUGAGCUACUUCACUGCACAGAUGUAACAGGUGUGUUACAACAUCUGUAAGAGUACCGAGCAAAUCACAUGACAAAGAAUAAACAUAAAAUGAUUGUAAUGUGUAAUAUGAUAUUACGUCAUUUGCUACUGUCUAGAUCUUUUCCGUAUCAGAUGAUGGAUCAGUGCACAGAGUUGCACGUCAUGUUGUCUCAGAAGGACAGAUACGCACCCGGCCUCUGCACCCUUCCCGAAUUUUAGUGCUUUGACAGCCGCUCUCUGCUCGUAAAAACGCGUCGCCAAAUACAUUUCACAAUGUUCCGCUUACUGCGAAUGUGUGGAGCGGCCAGGCUAACUGUAGCUCAUUUAGAAAAUAACUGAAUCCUGUUUUUAAAAAGAAGAAACCAGUGUUAAAAAAAAUGUAGUAAUUCAUGUGGGAAAAUAAACGAAUCGUGGAAAAAAAAAUCGAAUCACAUGUGAAGAAUGAUUCAUGUGGGAGGGAAACAUCACAGGUGGAAAUAAACGAACGAGUCCGUUUCGAAAGGAAUCGCCCCUGUCAUUUGCAGACGAUGCUGGUCUCUUGCUGUCGACCUCCGACAUGCACUCGAAACUCGACUGGGAUGAAAAUUCGCACACCCCCAACUCCGAGGUUCUCUCCCCAAAAAUGCUCCGUUCAGGUGAGCGGAGAGACCGUAUCCCUGACGGAGGAGUUUAAGUACCGUGGGAUCUUAUUCUCGAGUGGUGAAAAGAGAUUGGCAAACGGAUUAGUUCAGCGGCAGCAGUGUUGCCGAUCUGUGGUGGCGAAGUCUCUCGGUCAGUCUACGUCCCUGUCCUUACCUGUGCUCACAAGCUGUUAGUAGU